CCUAUCACUCGCCCAAACAUGAUCAGUACUAUUCCCGAGGGUCACGAUGACCACGACUACCAGACCGCCUACAAAGGCAAGAGGCGACGCAUCUCCAAGGUGUCGAUGAGCCUAGGCCACGCCGCCGCCGAAGACGUGCGAAGCGAAAUCUCGUCGAGCAUCCGCAAAGAAUUGUCACGACGACGAAGCAGUGUCAUUGCUCCCGAAGCACAGCUCAAACGACGACCCACAGAGACUGCCAACAUCCUCUCCGCCGAGACCACCGAAUCUGCUGCAUCCAAGACAUUGAACAACUUUGACCUUUUCGAACACAUCUUGAUGCAAUUGCCUUGGUCCGGCGAUGAGGCUGCUAUGCAACGAGACAGCAUCCGCACUAUCAUGACAACAUCAAGGACGUGCCGCAGCUUCAAAGGCAUGAUCGAUGCAUCUGCUCGCCUGCAGAAGCGUUUGUUCCUGGCACGCGACUCGGAGCAAAAGCGACCCUGUUUUUGUGGUCAUCAAGAAGAGGAGCGCACCUGCGGCGCAGAGACAAACCCCUUCAUCACACCAACACUCAAGAAACACAUCCUGCACAAUUCUUUCUCCUGCGACCAACGACGACAGAAGCAACAAGCCGCAAAACAAGCUCGCGCCGACCAACAAUCCCUCUCCCGCCACCUCGAAACCACCAAUCAAUCCCCAGACGACUACUUCAGCCACCCAGUCCUCUUCCGCGAUCUCCAAGACCGCCAAAAGAAGCACAUGCUCGCCUUCAAAAUCUCCGAAAACGAUCCUUUCUACCUCCUCGGCGAACGCUCUGCGCCCGACGCAAGCUGGCGCAACAUGUACUUUUCGAACCCAGCACCAACGCGUAUUGAGCUGUACUAUUGGAGUUACCUGAUCCGUUGCGAGUCACAAGAUGGAAAGCCAUUGACGGCGGGCUUUGUGUGGGAUACCAUUCAUGAGACGCUUGAGGUCGCGAGACAGCGCAAAGCUCCGGGAUAUCAGUAUGAGGGCGAUGAGCCGUUGCUUGUGCUGCUGGGCUCGUGGGAGAAAGAGGGGGAUCACAGGCAUGUUUAUGACUGGUUGAACCAGAGGCAUGAAGCUUGCAGCAGUCCGGAUUGUCGAUACGCAAAGGUUUGA